AGUUGAACGUCGUGUUCGGACGGAGAAGUACGCGUCACACGGAGAGUGUGUUCUCAACUGAAUAUAUAAAUUUGUCUGUUUGGGAUUAUUAUGCUUUCAAGUCCGCAGUGUUAACGUAAUUUUGUAUUCUUUAUGUUUACCCACAAAUGCUGGGAUAUACUUCCUACAGGGAUUGGACAGGACCGGGAGCUGGCGCCCAGCAGCAGUUGUCGGUCGUGACCACGGUGUGGGGAGUGAGCACUACGACGCAGUCGGGCCCCCACGGGGGCGCCUAUACGGGCGGCCCGACGCCUACCGCUAACCCCAACUACAUAGGAGCUCAAGGAACUGCAGGAAAAGUGCAGCAAGGUGGUUAUCAAGGAGGAUAUAGACAGGGUGUACCUCCAGGUGUUAGUGGUUAUGGUGCAGGCAAUGUUAUGAAUGGUAGUGAUCAGGGUUACGGAAGCGGAAACGCCUUGAGUACUGCAGCUAUGGUGGCCGCAGCGACGGCAACAGCCACAGCUACCGCCAGUGUUGUUGCUCUGCAAGAUAAUUCCCAGUUUACUAAUCAACAAUACCAACAGGGGUAUCAGCAACGCAUGAUGGGCAUGAACGGAAUGAAUGGCAUGAGUCCCAUGGGCAUGAAUAUGGGAGGAAUGCACAACAACAUGAUGAGCAGCAUGGGGCCUAAAAUGGGCAUGCAGGGUCCCGGUCCCGGACCGAACUCUAGCUCCAUGUACCCCAGAAGAAUGACCCCAUAUCCCUCGCCAGCAAUGCAUAUGAAUCAAAAACGUGGCACCCAACAAAGCUAUCCAAAUACCUGUCCUACAAUGAAUCCUAGUAUGAACCCCAGUAUGAGUCCUAUGAAUCCUUCAAUGACCCCUUCAAUGACUCCCUCAAUGAAUCCAUCUAUGAAUCCUUCAAUGAACCCCUCAAUGAAUCCCUCAAUGAAUCCCUCAAUGAAUCCCUCAAUGAAUCCCUCUAUGAAUCCUUCUAUGAAUCCUUCAAUGAAUCCUAACAUGAAUCCUAACAUGAACCCCAGUAUGAAUCCUAGUAUGGCUGCCGGCAUGAAUCCUAAUUUUAAUCCCAACGGCCACACGAGGCAGCCUAACUUCAGCCAGUAUCCAUCCCAGCAGACGUUAGGUCCCACAGGUAACUUUGGCCCUGGACCUGGUAACAUGAUGUCAAUGGGGAAUCCCAGACAAAUGCGCCAGGCCACGCCUCCUUAUACUAACCAAGGACAGUAUUUUAACGGUGGUUCUAUAAGCCAGUUUCCUUCAAACAACUCUGGUCAAUACAUGAGUAGUAAUGCCAACUCCAGCAGUCAAUAUGGCAGCUCCUCCUCAGCACAGUUUCAGCAAGAUGUUGCGAUGAGAAACAACAUGAAUUACCAGCACAGUCCCAUUCCAGGGAACCCAACACCUCCACUGACUCCAGCCAGUAGUAUGCCACCAUACAUUAGUCCAAAUCCGGAUGUUAAACCUAAUUUUAAUGACUUGAAACCACCACUACCAAUGCAGAAUGACGAGUUGAGGCUAACCUUCCCGGUACGAGACGGUAUCAUUCUCCCACCUUUCAGAUUAGAACAUAACCUAGCAGUCAGCAAUCACGUGUUCCAACUUAAGCCUACUGUUCACCAAACAUUGAUGUGGCGGCAAGACUUGGAGCUUCAGUUAAAGUGCUUCCAUCAUGAGGAUAGGCAGAUGAAUACCAAUUGGCCUGCGUCAGUCCAAGUUUCUGUUAAUGCUACACCACUUAUCAUCGACAGGGGGGAGAAUAAGACAUCACACAAGCCGCUUUACCUAAAAGAUGUAUGUCAGCCUGGUCGGAACACCAUACAGAUUACUGUAUCGGCGUGUUGUUGUUCCCAUCUUUUCGUUCUUCAACUUGUCCAUCGACCUAGCGUUCGAUCUGUGCUUCAAGGUUUGCUCAGGAAACGUUUGUUAACAGCCGACCACUGCAUUGCCAAGAUCAAGAGAAAUUUCAGUAACACAGGUAGCUCAGCAACUGGUAACGGUGAUAGAGACGCAGUAGAGCAGACGGCGCUGAAAGUUUCUGUGAAAUGCCCGAUUACAUUCAAGAGGAUAACUCUACCGGCCAGGGGACACGAGUGCAAACACAUACAAUGCUUCGAUUUGGAGUCAUACCUGCAGCUAAACUGUGAAAGGGGAGCUUGGAGGUGUCCGGUGUGCAAUAAACCUGCACAAUUGGAAGGUUUAGAAGUUGACCAGUAUAUGUGGGGCAUUUUGAAUACCUUAAGUACAUCGGAAGUGGAGGAAGUCACUAUUGACAGCUCUGCAAACUGGAAGGCUGCCAAAGGCAACAUGCCUGGAAUCAAGAUGGAAGAUGAAGGUAAUGAUUCCUGUAGUGGAGGCAAACGUAAUAAGGCCAUGUCACCAGGAAGUAUGACCCUGCCGACUAUGAACAACUGGGAUAUGCAAGCAAUGUCACCUUAUUUACCUCCGGAUAUGAAUAGUAUCGCCAGUGGUUCGAUGAUGAACGGUGGGCCACCGUCGUACAAUAAUACUUAUUCGAGUUCUAACGAGUAUUUGAGCGGUAAUGGACCACUUUCACACCUCAGCGAAUCUGUUAAUUCCCUGGACCCAUUGAACGCGAUGGAGAAGAGCCUAAAUGAGCAGAUGCCGCAUACACCCCACACACCUCAUACACCACACACGCCACACACUCCAGGAGGAGGUACUCCUGGAUCCGCGCAUACACCGGGCGGUGGUACGACGGGUCCCCCGAGUGUGCCGCCACCGUCUACUGAUACCCACAAUACCAGUAGUGGAUCAAACAACGGAGGUCCUGCAUCGGUAUCGGGAGGUGGAACGAAUGCCGAUACUUCUGUACCAGAAAUACCUUCAGAUCUUAACUUUGAUCCUGCGGCUGUUAUUGACGGAGAGGGAACAGGACAAGAGGCACUUAAUUUACUACCAGACAGUGUGGAUCCAAUGGAGCUGCUGUCUUAUCUAGACCCACCGGAUUUGAACACUCCACCGUCUAGCGGUAGUAGUUCGGGUCAAGCCAAUACGUCGACAAACGACGACAUUUUAGCCCUGUUCGAAUGAGCCUAGAAAGUUAAGAGAACUUUGUUAUCUCUAUCUUUCACUCUCUUAUUCAUUCUCUCUCCUCUAUUAAGUACUCCGCGCAUCGGACACAAGUGAGUGAACAAGUGUGAUACCUAAAGACGACAACAAUCGUGUUAUUUGAUUAUGAAAAAGGUCUAAAUCAAAUUAUAUUGUAUAGUUUGUAUAUAGCGUUGAAGAGAAUAAGUGGCAGAAGUAUUUUAUUCUAUUGGUUCGAGAUAGCUAAGAUUUAGAUGGGAAAGAAUCAUUUUCAAGACUAAAAGGUGCCAUUUUCUUAAUGCAUUAUGUAUAUUUUAUCAGGUAUAACUUCAAAUUGUAUUCAUUGGAUUUUCUUUUCCUGCUGCCAUCAUUCAGCAAUAAUUUUCCUUGAAUAUAUUCGUUGUGAUAACUAUAUAAUAACGAAUUUGUUAGCGAGAAUUUGUCAUAUUUACCAUCUAUAUCAGUUUGGUUAGUAUUCCUAGUUUUUAUUUAUAUUGAUUUAUUGAUCGUUUUAAUUGAUUUUAGUGGGCAUUAAUAACCAAAAAAUAUAUGUACAAAUCUUUACGAAUACGGUGUUAAAUUAUUAUUUAAAUGUAGUUAUUUGAAUUGAGUAUAUUUUUGUUUUUAAUAAAUUGAUUUUAAAUAUAUUAUUGAUUAUAUAACAGUCUAUAUAAUGGAUAAAAUGGAUUUACUAAUAUGAAAAUGGCACUUCUAUUCUUGAAAUUGAAGGAUUGGGGAAAACGAAAUGGAAGCACAGUUUAACAAUAUUUGUUAAAUUCAAAACUUGUUGUGCAAUUAUCGGUCUAUAACUUUCUGCUCAUAAGUGUGUGAGUACUAUGCUCGAGGACUUUUUCGUCUUUUUUCCAAGUAUUAUCAUUGUGUCAAUGAAGUAGUAAUCUUUGAGUACUUACUAAAAUAAAAGUCAAUAUAAAAUGGCCUGUAAAACCAGUUCUGAUAAUCAGCUCAAUGUAAAUAAAACGGGAAUGUUGGGGAUACUGGUAAAGGUAAACAGUAAAAAUUGUGAGAAUGUUUGGGGAAGUUGAAAAUUAUCCAAAUUGUCAAAUUUGAUAAAAAAAUAUAUUUAAAAAAAUAGAGUUCUGAAGUAACAUAAUGCUAUCUCAAUUAUAAAUUUAAAGCAUACUGUUAUUUUACUACUCUAUAAAGUAGUUUUCUCGUUUUUAUAGUAUUUAGAGCUGGUUAGGUAUCUUAUUAGGAUAUUUCUUUUAUAAAGAAAAUAAAGCAAUUCUUAACGCCAGGUAUAAACCGGGUAUAAUUCGAAACCAGUCGCAACCAAUGGAAUAAAACAUAAAAAAUAACGAGGACGGCCAGUUUAAAUAUAUAGUAUUAACUAAAAAAUGAAAAUAUACUUAGUAGAAAAUUUGGAACCAAAAUUUAGGUACCUACUUUAGGACUGUGUCGGUCAUUUUUGCAUCUCAAUGUGCAUAGGCUUCAAGUAUUAUUAUGCUGUAAAGAAUUCUGUGAACCUUUUAUAACUAUCAGACAAGGCACCUUCAAGGGAAUACAGAAACUGGUUGUGUGCAAUGGUCUUGACUCUCGGUACAAAAUGUAUAUUUUCUCAAAUUUAGCACUUCCCAAAUCGUCAGUAUUAUAAUCAUUAUGGAAAGAAUAUCACAUACAUAGGGAAAUUGAAUCCUAGUUAACACCUAUUUAAUUGAAGUCAACACAUAGUUGUCAAAAAAAUAUAUUUGGAAACAAUUGUCAAAAUACCGUGUUCAACAAACUGUAUUUUGGUUAUUGUAUCAAAGGUUGUUAAGUUUUUUUGACAAUGGCUUUAGAAUUUUUUUGACCUCAAGGUUUUUGAUCUAAAACCGAAACUCCACUUUUGUGUUCUUUAUUUAUAUCGGUCGAUUCUCACUUAAAAUAGUAAUUAAUAAAAUUAGUAUUACUUCUUUUAUAAUCGCUAGAAUGGUAAAAAGCUGUUAUCAAAUAACUAAAUUUUGAUAAUUAAUAACAACAAAAUAGUCAGUAGCCACCGAGUUGAAAUACGAAAAGUCAACAAAGGUUUUCUUUUGGUUAUUUACAUCAUUAUUUUCAAAAUAAAUGAUCAACAGAACAAAUCUUGAGUAAUUGCUAUUGUAUUAACAUUGUUAAUGGCAUUCUGUACAUCACUGGAAUAGUUCUGAAAUUAAGUUUUUGUAAUGGUCUAUAGCAGGGGUCACCAAUUAUAUUCCUUGAGGGUCCGUUUCGAAAACCUACUACACUUACGCGGUUGGGUCACUCAGCACUAAACCAGGCAGUGGCGUAACCGGGGGGUAACGGUAACGGGGGGGACGAGAGAGGGGAUUGAAAUAACUUUUUUAAAUCUACAGUAUCCUUGCCAAAAUAGUCCACCACAGCCCUGUGUAAAUCUUCUCCUGUAGUAGUUCCUGACAUUGGCAAAAUAGUCAAAAGUUCUUCAACAAAGUCUUCACUGGUUCUGUACAGGUAGCGCACGAAAAUGACAAGCUGUACUGUAUCUGUAAUGUCGCAUGACUCAUCCAGUGCCAAACCAAAAUAUUCAGUGGCAGCCAAAAUUUGUUUUAACGUUUUCUAUGUUUCAUCCGUCAAUACUUGUGUAUUCCGUAUGCUUGAAGUAAUAGAUAUUAAAAUACGCUGAAUAGUAUCGACAACAUCCUUUUUAUUUGCAAAUAAAGAAUUUCCUGCUUCCAGAAAACACUCUUUAACGAUAGCCGCGUCACUUUAUGGCUUCAUAUGUUUGGCAAGCGUCCAGGAAAUGCGUAAAGAAGCCUCAGAACAUUUCUUUCUUAGAUUUGAUUAUAAUUUUACACUAUAAUUUUAUUACUAUAUUUUGAAUUUAACGGCGGUCCGCAAAAAAUAAGCUUACGGUCCGGAUGCGCACCGCGGUCCUUCCAUUUGGUGACUCAUGGUCUACAGCACCGUUGGCGAAUUUGUUUGAAUCGUCGAAGCAUUGUUCUUAAAUGGCAUUUCAGUUUUUGAAAACAGGAAAAAGUCAUACGGUGUCAUAUCGGAAUUGUAUGGAGACUGGCGGGGGUUGUGCCAUCUUGUGUUCUACCAAAAACUGCUGCACAGGGUUUGAUGAAUGGGCUCGCGCAUUAUUGUGAUGAAUCAACCACUGGCUCGUCUCCCAAAAAGGGUGAAUAUUCGAAUGAAUGAAUAAUGAAAACGAUCAACGAGGUUCGCUCGUGAAGGCUGUUAUUUUGUUUUGGGGAAUUUAACCGCAAACCCACCACCUAUCGUUAGUAGUGACCAUAUUCUCCUUCUAAAUGUGCCUAUCUUCUAGAAAUGUUUGCGACUACAUUGACCCAUCUUAUUUUAUUCACAGCAGCUUGAAAUAGAUCAGUUGACGUUAAACCAGGGCCUCUCUUACCCUCAGUCUUGCCCUCUAGAAUCAACUGUGACCAUAUUAAUAAUAUAUUAUUAGCGACCUCAUUUCUCCACAGCGACUUCUAAGCGAAUUUUGGAAUUAAUUUGGCACACACGCGAAUCAUUCUCAAAUUAUCGGUUAAAAUUCUCGAAGUACGUUUUCGGACUUUGAGAUAUCUGUCAAAGCGAUGAACACAAAAUACAAUUAUACAAUUAUUUUGUUUUGGUUAUUUACAUCGUAUUUUCACAAUAUAUGGUAAAACAGAACAAAUCUUGACUAUUACUAUUGCGUUAACAUUGUUAACGUUAAUGACAUGCUUUACAUUACUGAAACAGGAAAAAGCCGAAAGGUGUCAUGUCGGAAUUUUACGCAGACUGACGGGUGUGUGCCAUCUUGUGCUUAUCAAAAACCGCUGCACAGGGUUCCAUGAAUGUGCUCGCGCAUUAUUGUGAUAAAGCAACCACUAGCUAUUCGCCCAAAAACGAGGCGAUUAUAUUAUUACUGCGCGAGAAUUCAACAAUUCAAAUUAUUUAUUGAUUGUCAGAUUCCUUCUAGAGUAUUCAUAAAGAGCAACACAUUAAUAGAAAAAAACACCAAUCAACAUAGAUGCUCAUAUGUAAGCUUCGCCUGUGAAGGCUGUUGUUUUGGAAUUUAACCGCAAACCUACCAUCCGUCGUCGGUAGUUACCUUUUUAAUAAUAUUAUUCAUCAUUAGCGACCGCAUUUCUCCACAGCUAAUUUUGGAAUUAAUUUGUCAUAUACGCGAAUCAUUCCUAAAUUAUCGGUUAAAAUUCUUAUAGUACGUUUUCUGACUCUGAUAUAUAUCUAGUUUGCGCACAGUUAGCGAUGAUCUAGUCUUACCUUCGACAUUUUCCAGCGUUGUGCUGGAUGGUAGACCGCAAUACUUUCUGCCAAUUUCAAAUCGAUUGAACGAUUCUUUUCUCUUCGCUAUUUUCAGCGAUAAGAAUACAACGAACGCAAAAAAUAAUUUAAACAGAAGCAUGCUAAUACUAUUCUGAAUCUUCUCCUUGAAGUUAUGAGCGAAGGUUGGAUACUUUUGGGUCAGAGCUCGUAUGGAUACUAUUCGAAAGUUUUUUAAGUAAUGUAUUUAUUGGUAUUAUCUAUAAGUUUCAACUAGUCUAUUGAAUUUCGUCAGUACACCAAUUACUAGAAAUGUCGAUUAUAGUAAAACCAUUUACGCAAUAAAAAUUGUACUUAGUAGCAAUCGAGAACUUUGCACAUGACCCGACGUUGUUAUAUAUUGACUAUGUAGUUUGUAUUUAAAACACAAACACCACAUAUAAUAUUUUUUAAUGAGAACUCUGAUAAGACUGUGAUAUGAAGUUUAAUUAUAAGUAAGUUUAACAUAAUUCAAUUAUUGUAUAUUAACUAAACAUUAAAAUUAGCGAAAAAUAUUAUGUUAUAUAGUGGACUUUGUGUAAAUUAAGUUAAAAUUUGAUGUGAUAGAAAAUAUAUUUUGGUG